AAGAUAGAUAGAUGCAUAAGUUAUUUAUUUAGUUAGUUAGAAAGACAGAAUCUACAUCGCAUUACAAGGUAAGAACUGCGUGUAGAACACAGAAACUUCAGACCAAAAGUAAAACAAAAAAAGAUGAAUGCUGUAUUUCGAAUGACCAUUCCAAACACUGUUUUAAAGAGCCUUCUUUGAAAUGUUGAUUUUAAUGCCCCCAGAUGAUUGUAUAUAUUGUAGCUGUUGCAAAACAGAGUAAAAAAAAAAACCUUGAAGUACUUUCAUUUUAGCACUUCAUUUAUAUAAAAAUAAAGUAUAAAAACAACAAAAAAGUAUUUCCAAGGUCUGUCAGUUUUCACUUUUUCAAUAUAAGGUUUCCAUUUUCGUAUCACGUCUUUCAGGUGAUAUCGUUCCAGAAAACUUCCUUUUAUUUGUCGUUAUCAAAGUAUAUACUGCUCUGUCCUUACAGUCCGUGAAACUGUUCUGCCAGAUUAUAUAAGGAGGUUCUGUGCCUGGUGGUAUCCCAAGUAUGUCAAAUCCGUUAGACCCCGCCUCCCGUGAAACCAAUAAAAAGACGCAGGCUCGCAGCUCUUCAUUUGUGAAGGCAAGUUGUUCAGAGAGGGAGAAAGAAAACUCAGUUUUUGCUUGCGUGGAUGACUGAUGGAAAACUGAACAACUACCAUCGCCUGCUUCUGCACUGCACAGAACAAACAGCAACAUCAGUAAAGAGCAUCGUUUCUUUCUCAGUAUAAAUAUGCCUUUUCCACCGAUUAAUCUGCAUCAACGCAUGACUUCUCCGGGAAAGGAGCUUUUUAAGAAAAAUAAACCCAACAUAAACCUUCCUCAGUCAUUUCAAAUCAAAGCUCAGGCGGUGAAGAACACGGAAAAGCAAUGCUUUUUAAACUCCUGGCCAUCGGCUAACUUGAAACAGCUGGGUAUCAAACCUCAACUGAGAAGCAAUCUGCAAUUUGCCCAAAUAGGUGACGCAAAUCUGGGACUGAAAGCGCCGAAGAAGAGCUCCCGGCUCGCUCUGCUCAAGAACCUGGCGAAUUCUUGCGAUAGCAUGGCUGCUUCCAGCGAGUCUGCUGGUACUCAGAAAAGCAGCAAGGAUUCCUCACAGCAAGAUGCCGACGAAGAGAUACCUUUCUCCCUUAGUUUGACUCCUGAAGCCGUUCUGGUCAUCCGGAAGCGUAAUUUGGAAAAGCAGCUGUUAGCAAGGCAGCAAAAAAGCACAUUCUCUUCGGAUUUCAGACACAAGCGGAUCUUUCCGAGCAGAAUGACGCAAGUUUUCAAAAGCAACACCUCUGUCGCAAAAUCGAGUAACCCCGAUGACAUAAGGACGAUUGUAAAAAUCUCUUUGCUGAAUGACAAGUAUAAAUACGAUGACGUGGAGUACGAGGAAGAAGACUGGGAUGUGGAUGAAACAGUGUUAACGAAAUGCAGAGAGUGGCUUGAAGGAGUUGAAAGCACCGCUGACUUAAAAAAAGUGGACAAACUGGAGACAUUGCCUCAUCUAGUUGCUAGCAAUCAGCUGCCUUCUAAUCUAAGACAUUUAUAAACACACCAACAAAACUUUAAACAAAUAUUUUUGUCGUCUGAAAAAAAAAAACGACAAUUCUUCAGCAAAUCUUUAUUGUGCUGUAUCUUCCCUAAAUACCCUGUUAGCAAAUUAAAAUCUUAGAAUGACGUCAAUAAUAUUCCCUGUGAUCUCUUUCUGCAGAAAUAAUGGGAAAGCAUGUGAAGAGAGAAAUGUAAGACUAUUGUGGACUGUUUCCCUUACAAAUGAAUAUAGGCACUAUAGAAUGUUAAAACUGCUAUCAAACCAUUUUAUAAACGUGUAAUCAAUGUGGGAAAAUGUGAGUGAGGAUUCCUGGAAAUGCUAUCUCCCAGAAGAGUCCUCGGGGAAAGACAUUUUCCUGUAGCAGAUCACAAUGGACCUUUGAACAAAAUCUACAAAAGAAAAGCUUCCUAGAACAAAAUGGCUUUUGAUGAACAAUCUGUCAGCGUUCCCGUUCAGCACUAUGGUUUGGGGAAAUCACAGGCAGUGACUUUGUGUUACACGCUACAUUGUUCAAAAUGUACAUCUAUAACGUUGUUUGUAAAUAAUUCAAGUGUUAAGUUAUGUACAUAUUAUUUAUUAUUAAAUACAAUAAUGUUUUCUCAAGUUGCGCCUUUGCGAUUUUACGCUGUUUGAAAAGUGUAUUUAUAGAGAAUAAAAGGCUUUUAAAUCUA